CCCUUCCCCUCCCGCUCUCCUCUCUUCUUCUGGCCACACUGCUCUCCUUGCAUUUGAGCGCCUCCCCCCCCCCUCGCCUGCCCGUGCCUCUCUGCCCCGCCUCCCCCACUCGCCCUCCCUCUUGCCCCCGCGACCAGCCCCAGUGUCCUGUGUUGAGCACACCAGGCUGAUCGCGCUCCCCUCUCCCCUCUAGUCCCUACAGACAUCCGCACGAUGCCGCCUGCCCGAAAGCCCAAGGCCGAGGCGUCUGCCUCCGCCGAAGUCGAUCCCAGUCAACCGGUCGACUCGGCGGCGGACCCGGUCGCGGCUCCCUCCUCAUCCGGCGAGUCGGCUCCCGACGGGGACACCCCCCCGCCCACUCGCAAAUCCAAAGUCUCCGCCAAGCGCGCCGAGCAGAACCGCGCCGCGCAGAAGCUCUUCCGCGAGCGUCGCAUGAAGUAUGUCCAAUCUUUGGAGGAGGAGGUGAAGACUCUGAAGGAGAAGCUCGACCACUUGAAUGCCCUCGAGUUGCCGAGCGACGUUUUGGCAGCAUGCCCGAUGGCUGCGGCGGCGGCCGCGGCCGCAGCCUCCGCUCCGUCAUCCUCUGCACCCCCCCUGCUGGCCCCGGGAGCCCGGUCCAUGGGCGAUCUGCUGUCGGCCAUGGCCAACGCGCGCGCCGAUAAUGCUGCCCUUCGUGAUGCCCUCCACAUCCUGCUGACCCAUGCCCGGUCUCAGCAGGCGGUCAUCGAGGCCUACAAACGCCAGGCACAGAGCUUGCAACUGGUCAUCCAGGCAGAGCAGCUCCUCCCGCCGGCCAUCCCGAUGGCCGACACGCAAACGCUCCUGAAGGCUCUGCAUCUCCCGCAGGUGGAGGGUCUGCUUUCGACACGCAUCAAUGACAGCCAUACGAUCGCCGAUCUGUUGAAUUCCGACACCUCGGGCCAAACCUCGGCCGACGAUGGUCGCAGCUUCUCCCCGGCCUCUGGCAGCUCGCCCAAGAAUGCUCCCUCGCCGGAGGUCCUGGCUCACACUCACGAACUGAGCCUCAGCCCCCCGGCUGUCGAGGAGUCCUCGCGAUUCCCCCACCCGGGCUCCGGUUUGGCCCCGGCCACGCACUACCUUCCCCCCUCGGGCAAUGGCCAGAUCGCCCACCUGCCUCCGGCCGGGGACAUUGUUGACAACCGGUACCCCGAGCCGGUUCCACCUGCGGGCGGCUACUCGGAGCCCCUGGCCCCGACAGUCUAUUCUGCUCCCCACUCUCAGCUGCCGCUGCCGUCUCCGCAGCAACAUCACCACCAGCAAUCCCAGCCUCCGCCCCUGUCAGUGCCUUCGCAUUCCGGCAGUCACUCGCAUCAUGCCCAGCCCUCGGGCCCCAGUGGCCUGGCCGGGGGAUACUCGCAUGCGCCGAGCAAUUCCCACUUCCUGGGAACCCCCUUCUCCAUUCCCUUCAACCAGCACGGCCUCAUCCCGGCGACCUCACCCUCGUUCGACGAGCUCACCAUCGCCACUCGGGCCAAUCACACGGGCCCUCUGGCUCCCUCUGCCGUAUCCUUCGAUCUGGCAUCGGUCCACCAAACCAGCAGCUCCGAGUAUUACGACACCGGGUCUUCGGCCCCGCCCUCGUCAUCCUCGCAUGGGGGCUCCUCCGCCGACGAUCCUGGGCUCCAGUGCGUUCAGGAACUCGGUGAUGGAGCCUUCGGCUUCCAGCAGUCGGUCAAGAUCGAGUGCGGCCCAUCGCAGGCAGCCAUUGCCAUGACCGAGUCCUCGCGUCUUAGCCGGCAUGCGGUGGUUCCCAGCGCGGCCCCCUACCUCCCGCCGCAUCUUCUCCAACCGGCGACCACCGAGACGCCGCAAAUCCCCGACGAGGUGGUCUCAAGUUGCACCUCGGACGAGUCGUGUCCGUUGAUUGCCGGCCCCGCUCCCGGGACACUGGUGGCGCACGCGCCCCCCCCGGCCGAUGUCUCCUCCCCGGCUCACAGUUACUCUGAUGGCUCGUCACCGGUGACCGGCCCUCCCCCGGCUCAGGGGCCAGUGCACCUGCUCCCGUCGAAUGAGUACCAUCCCUCCUCGACCGGGGAAUACCAUCACCCACCUGCGCCCGAGUUUCACCCGGGGGAACCGCACCCGAUGCCCCAUGCCCCGGAUGCAUCUCAGUAUCAUGCAGUGCCGUCACAGCAGGCGCCAUCGCAGCCGCCACAUGGCUACCCCUCGGCAGGGCCUCCCCCCUCGGAGUACCCCUUCCCGCAAAUGGUUCCAACCCAGGCUCUCGCCCCAACCCAUGCCCCCUCGAUCUCCUCCACCUGUACCGUGGGGUCCGAUGGGUCUCUCGACACUUGCUCUUCGGCGUCCCCCUCGCCACCACAUCAGCAGCACCAGCAGCCGGCCACAGGUGCCGGCUCGUGGCAGCCGCCCGCCGCCUCGCUGCAGCAGCACCAUGCCCCGGUGUCGCGUGUGAUUGCCACCGCCGUUGAACGCCGGCCGCAGGCCCUUGCGACUCCCUCCUCGAUCAUUGGCAGCGGCCGGCAAUCGGUCAAGCGUGAUCUGACCACCGCGUCGCUGUACAUCCCGGCCGAUCAGCCGCUCAAUUGGGAUGUCACCACUUUGCAGCAGAUUCACCAGCGCUCCAUCCUCCAGGAGCAUGCGGAGUUGGACGUGGCGUCGGUUCCCGCCGUGGCCGAGGCGCACCUUGCGACGACAGGUGCCGGGGACAGUCGCAUCGGCACCCCCUCGCGGCCGGGGGCCCCGACCACGGUGCCCACCACGACAACGGCUGCACUCCACAUCCAGUCUUACACGUCGCACGAAUUGCCGGAGUACAUCCACCGGAAGCUCACUCACCGUGAUGAGAACUUCCGCCAUGAUCCGGAUCAGUCGGACCUUUGCGAGCUCCUUCAAAACACCACCUGCCGGGAUCGGGACAUCGGCCACUGCAAGCAGACCAAGUUCUUUAAGCGGACAACUGCCACCGUGCCGCCAGCCGCCGCUGCCACCGCCGCCACCGCCUCGGCAGCGGGCGAGUCAGGCAUGUAGAGCGAAGCAUCCGUUUGUGCGCGUGCGUCUGUGUGUGUGUGAGGGGAGGAGAAUGAGAGACACAGGGAGACAGAGAGAGAGAGAGAG